CGGGUUUUCUCGCCACAGGUGACGGGUCAUCAGCGGUGCCCACCCUCGGCGCCUGCGCAGACUGAGGCUCACUGUCACCAUGACAGCGACCGCCGGGGGCCCUGGAUCUUGGAGUGAAAAUAUACUGGAAUAUUUUCUGAGAAAUAACCAGAUCACAACAGAAGAUGGCGCCCAAAUCAUCUGGUAUCAUGCAGCUAACCACAAGGUGCAAGUGAAUGAGGCACUGAGAAGUACUGCUCAUAUGAUAGAGGCUGAUGUCAUUCUUCCAAGUGAGGGAUCAGAACAUGGCCAGCCAAUCAUGGCCCAUCCUCCAGAAAUAAACAGUGAUAAUACUUUACAGGAAUGGCUGGCUGAAGUUAUUAAAAGCAAUAAAGGCAUAAAGCUGGAUUUUAAGAGUUUGGCAGCUGUAGAACCAUCCAUGAUGCUCUUGGAAAAUGUCAAGAGGUAUCUGAAGCGUCCAGUGUGGAUUAAUGCUGAUGUUCGUCCUGGUCCAAAUGGAAAUAGCAGAGUAGUGGAUGCAAAGCCUUUUAUAGACACUGUGACAUCCUUCUUUCCAGAUGUGACAUUUUCCCUGGGUUGGACAACAGGAUGGCAUCCUGAGAAAGUCAAUGAAGGUUACAGUUGGACAAUGGUGAAAGAGAUGGAAUAUAUAUGUAACAAGCUAAAUCAACCUGUAACAUUUCCUGUCAGAGCAGCAUUAGUCAGGCAGUCUUGUUCUCAGUUACUUUGGCUGUUGAAGCAAUCACACAGGUACAGCCUGACCAUUUGGACUGGAAAAAAUGAUAGCUAUUCUAUUGAAGAUUUACUUUUUAUUAGAGAUCAUUUUGACAAAAAACGAGUUUUCUAUGACAUCUUGGAACCACAAAACCAUGAAUUUAAACAAGCCAUUGGAAUCAAAAUUAAUCUCUAA